GUGGGACGCAAUUUUCUUCUUCUUCCUUCUCCCUCCGCCGUUUGCAGUUGCUUAACACUUCAACUCCGGCGGCGAAGCUAUUCAGAACCAUUUUUCUGUCGGUUGCUUAUGGUUUCUGUAGGUUCGAAAGCUCUACCAUCAAGAAGAUCCAAAGACAGUAUCUUUGUGGAAGAUAGCUUUAUGGGUGAAGAAGAUAAGUCACAUAAACAUAGCAGAAAGAAAAAGGGCAUGGGGAGGAAGCCCAAGAAGGGGAGUUUUGGUUUUGAUGGAGAUGGUUCUAACAUGAAUGUAUCUGGACGUGGGGUUGAUGGGACAGCAAAAUCCAAAAAGUAUGUCAAGCAUCAAAGUACUUCGGACACAAAAUCACCUCUUGUCAGGAAACAGAUUGAUCCUGAAACAACAAAAUACUUCAUGGAGAUCACAAAUCUUUUUGAAAGCAAUGGGGUUGACUUGGAGGAAAGGUCGGUUAUAUGUGGUAAUGCUCUUGAAGAAACCCGUGGGAAAGAAUUAGAACUUGCAACUGAUUAUAUCCUAAGCCAUACCAUGCAAACACUACUUGAGGGCUGUGAUGUGGACCACCUUUGUGGCUUCCUCCGAGGUUGUGCUAAGGUCUUUCCUGCUAUUGCAAUGGACAGAGCUGGUUCUCAUGUGGCUGAGACAGCUCUUAAGUCGUUGGCUAUGCAUCUUCAGGACUCAGAGACCUACUCAGUUAUUGAAGAGACACUGAGUAUGAUAUGCAAGGUGAUUGUAGGUAACCCCAUUGAUGUCAUGUGUAACUGCUAUGGAUCUCAUGUUCUUCGGAGACUUCUUUCUCUUUGUAAAGGAGUACCAGGGGAUUCCUCAGAGGUUCAUGGAGCAAAGGCAUCAACGAUACUAGCAGAGCGGUUGAAUUCUAAGACAUCUCAAUUGGAUGGGAAUGAUUCACAGAAUCUUCAUCAAGGAUUUCCAGACUUACUUAAACUCCUAGUAUCAGGGAUGAUAAACUGUACAAGAAAAGACAUUGAUUCCAUUGUAUUUGAUCAGUACAGCAGUUUGGUUCUGCAGGCAUGUCUUGACUUUGCCCUAUUAUUUUACUACAUUUUCAUUGUUCGGAACAAUGUAGUCUAUCUUUUGGCACCUUUUUCUUGGCAGACAACUCUAAAGUUAUUAGCAGGGGAUGAUGAAGAGUUACUGCAGAUAAUUCCAGUUCUUCUUGGCUGCAACACAGAAAAUACAGUAGAAGGAAACCUAAUUGAAAUGUCCAUUGUCAAUGACCUUAUAGAGUCGAUGCAAGAAACUGCAUAUAGCCAUUUAAUGGAGGUAAUUUUGGAAGUAGCACCCAAAAGCUUGUACAAUGAGAUGUUCACAAAAGUUUUCAGGAAUUCAUUAUUUAAGCUAUCAUCCCAUCAUUGUGGAAACUUUGUUGUUCAAGCACUACUUUCUCAUACCAGAGAAAAGGAUCAAAUGGAGUUCAUAUGGGAGGAACUUGGCCAAAAAUUUGGUGACCUUCUUGGAAUGGGGAGGCCAGGAGUUAUUGCUUCUUUGAUUGCUGCAUGUCAAAGGCUUAAUACGCAUCAACAAAAGUGUUGUCAGGCACUUGCAGAGGCAGUCAGUUCAAAGGAUGGAUCUCCGAAAUUUAUAGUUCCUCGACUUCUGUUUCUUGAUAGUUACUUCAAUUGUGAAGAUAAGUCCAAUUGGAAUUGGACAAGUGGUGUCAAGAUGCAUAUCAUAGGUUCCUUGAUUCUCCAGGCUAUUUUUAAAUUUGAAAAUGAAUACAUACAGCCUUAUAUCAUGAGCAUUACAUCCAUGGAAUCUGAACAUGUCCUUGAAGCAGCUAAAGAUGCUGGAGGGGCACGUGUCAUUGAAGCUUUUCUUGAUUCAAAUGGUUCAGUGAAACAGAAGCGAAGAUUAGUGGUGAAGUUACGUGGAAAUUUUGGUGAGCUUGCUAUGCAUCCGUCUGGUUCAUUUACCAUAGAAAGAUGCUUCACCAUCAGUAACAUGUCCCUGAAGGAAUCCAUAGUAUCCGAGCUAGUAGCUUUGCGAACUGAACUCUCCAAGACAAGACAAGGGCCUUUUCUUCUAAGGAAAUUAGAUGUUGAUGGAUAUGCUGCCAAACCUGAUCAUUGGAGGUCAAGAUUAGAAGCAAAACAAUCAGCUUACAAAGAAUUCUACUCAACUUUUGGCGCUGCUGAAGACAAAACAUCCAAAGAGGAUACAUUCCUAUCUGAUGCUUAUAAGCGUUCACAGACAAAAGAAUUGAACAACAUGAGGAAAGAGAUAGAUGAUCGCCUCACUUCUACUGCACCUUCUCUGGGUGUUUCAGAGAAAAACAAGAAAUCAAAGAAGAGAAAGGAUGUUCAGUCCGAGGAUGCUAGUGGGUCCAGUAAGAUGACAGAAAAUGCUGUCAGCAACUUUUUAUCCAGUGAUCGGAGGGAUAAAAAACGACAUGGAAAGGAUAGGCGAUUCAAUGCUUACAAGAAAAUGAAAGCUUGAAAGUGUAAAUGCUGUCAGCAACUUCUUAUCCGGUGAUCAGAAGGACAAAAAACCACGAGGAAAGGAUAGGCCAUUUAAUGCUUCUAAGAAAAAUGAAAGCUUGAAAAUGUGAAUGCCUUGGACCGUUUAAUGAUUUACAGAUACCAUGAGACCUUGACCGAAAUGGCGUUCCUGAAGAUACCUGACUCAAGCUGCAUAACUGGAGGAAAUAUGUUAUGUUUUGUGUUUCUGCUCUUGUUCUUUUUGUUGCCAUUAGUUUUUCUUGUUACAUCGAGUAUUUUGUUUAAGAUGGAAUGUACCAAUACCUUUCUAGCAUAGAGAUCAGAACUAUCUUUUUACUUAAAAAAACAAUAUAAAUUUACAAUUUAA